GGCUCUAAACAAGGUCAGCGAACACAAACACACACACAGAGUGCAGCAGAAGAAAGAAAACAUGCCGUCCUGCUGUGUGACUGGUUGUACCAAUAGAGACACGAAAAAGCACAGGUUUUACGCUAUUCCUAGAGGGAACAGGCCAUUCCAGACGUAUAGGAGAGGUUUGUGGUUAAAAGCAAUUAAACGUACCGACUGGACUGAGGACAUCAUCAGGAAUGCCCGUGUUUGUGGCGACCACUUCAUAUCUGGUGAAAUGUCACUGGAUCACUGGAAUCCUGAUUUUGUGCCCUCCAUUUUUUUGAAGGCAGAGAUGAAACGGUACCUACCUGUAAGACACGAGAAAGUGAGUGAAAGGUUUGUGUUUGCUUCACCCGGUCAACCUUCUGCUCCUGCGACUGAAGACGAACAACACAAAGACAUCACCAGUGGUGAUGAAAAGGACAUCCGGGUGAUAAAGAUGGAGUACGACCACCUACCUGUGAGCUGCACUCCGCUGAGGGAGGAGGAGGACCACCAUAGCCAGCUGGAGGAGCCUCGGCAGCAGCUACGGGAAGAAAACAAGAGAGUGAAAGAGGGAGUGGGGCUUACGUACUCGGGGGUUUCAUUCUCCAAUGUGAAGUUCAGCGUGGCACAACUUGUGUUUUUCACUGGUGUGACAUCUGUGGUCUUUGACUGGUUGAGCAGUAAACUGACAGGGACAACACAUUUUGUGUCAAUUUUCAGAUAA